UCGGCCCCGUAUCGUCAGUCCGUCACACAGAGCGACAGGGUCGGGUGGGUCAAGCAGUGAGCCAAGGGCGAGUGACGAAGCCCUAAGGUUACGAGAUCAGAUCUGAUGCAGUCGUGUUAAUAAACCGGACAUUUCAAUUUCCCAUCGAUCUCUCCACGAUUACUAGUCGCCGGUCGUGAAGCCGGUUCAGUGCGCAUUUGCAGUACAAAAGAGACUUGUGAUAUUUUUCUAGCGUUUAAGUUCCGAAACGGAACGCUUUAAAUUUUUUAUCGUAAUAAAAAGUGUACAAUAUAAGUAAAAAUUUGGAAAACAUGGAGAUUCUACCUGUCAACAACCAGUUUAAUGUGGGAUUCAACAGUGAAAAAUCAUGGAAUGGGCCGACAUGGCGGGAAGCGCCGAUGCCGGUGCCGACGGAAGCGGCGCUGGCUCAGAGGCUCGAGCGGGAACUACGAGCCGCGAAGGGAGCCAGCGAGCUCGCCGCCGCGGAGGUGCUGGUGCCCGCGGAGCUGCUCGCCCGAGCGUCGCGGCAAACACUCGCGCUCGCCGAGGGGGAGCCGUGCGGGGCGCGGGGGGCGGCCGUCAUCAUCGACGUCGCCGGCAGGAGGCUCGCCGCCUUCAAGAUAGACCCCAACACGCUCACCACGCACGAAAUACAUCUACAUUUAGAACACGAUUCAACGAACUGGACUAGCCUGUUGCCGCAAUUCUUAAAAAAUUUAACGCGGAGCGGCACCAUCAUAAUCAGCCCACAGUUCACGAUAGAAAAGAAGAAACUCUUCCGAGGCCAGGCCGAGUGAACCGCCUGUGAUACAAGCGCGCGAUUCGAGCGAGCCGACUGACUGCCCUCCUCGAUAUCUACGUAUCGUUAUUUUAACAAAUAUCAAUAUUAUUAUAUGUAUAUUAAUUAUUAUAUAUUUUUAAUAAGAGAAAAAAGCACAGCGUGAUAUGUAAUGUAUAGAUUAUAGAGUAAGCGCGCGGAAGCGCACUUUAGUUAGCGCGCGGGCCGCAGCGCGCACGCAGCCGGUGGCAACUAGUGAUGUGACAUGCACUUUGUCAAUGCAAAGUGUCGAUGUCGAUACUGUGCGUGCCGGCCGGCUGCGUGCGCGGUGCGGUUGCGGCGGCGCGCGGCGGCGAGCGCCGAUCUCUCCCUGAUGUUCGUCUCCCUGCCCACCGCUACGCCCGCCUCCCCGCGCCGCCUGUACUUAUGUUAAUCAUUGUAUGAUGAUUGUUUGUAUUUUAUUAAUGAAUAUUUUAAUGAUUGUGAGUCGGUUGGACGCGUGAGUGGCGUGGCGGCGCUCGGUGCGCACCCCCUGAUCUCAGUCGCCGCCGCGCGUGUGAUACUGAUACCCUGAUCGAUUUAGUCUUAGAUAUUAUUUUUUGUUUCGAGUUCAAUUCUAUCUGAAGUUGAGUAGAUGGUAUAUUUCAUGUAUCGUAAUCGUAUUUAUUAGAGCGGCCUCCGUGGAGGCCGAUGAUAUGUGUACGUUUUGUAAUUGUACUAGUUCGUACAUUUGUUUGUGAUACUACUUUUGUAAUGUAUAAAUUUAAAUGGAGAAAAUAUACUUUUAUGAAUGAGAGAACACGCAAGCAGAUUAUGAAGUAGCCGUAUGUGAUGAGCGAAAGGAGGCAAUAUGGACGCGCGGGGCCUUGGGCCCCCUGCAAAGAUCUCAGGUUACAUUAUUAAUAGUUAUAAAAAGUAUUAAGUUAUUUAAGUUAAUAUAAAGAUUGUAAUUUUUUGUAAGAUUGUUUUCUAUCGCCGCGCAAAGCAGCGUUAUUGUAGUCCAGUGGGAGAAAAGUUGAGAGUACUAUCAAUACAUGUUGUAUAACUGACACUAUGUUCAUUGCAGUCAAAUGCAUUUCUUCAUACAGUUUCAUUGUUACAUUAAAUGUAAUUCAAUAGACUAACCGUUUUUUAAACGAAAUCUAAAUGUUUGUAGGGUCCAGUGUUUUGAACGCACAAUAUCAUAGUACUAGAAUUCACUUUCAUCAAAAAAUAAUUAAAAAUGCUACAAAAACAUUUUACUUCUUGAAAUCGACAUAUACAAAACUAACAAUAAUAAUAUAUAAAUGUAUCAAUUGUUUAUAAUUGAUAUUUAUUUGAUAAGUCGUAAACAUUGUAGAAAUUAUUGAAAAAAAAUACAUAGUUUCAAUAAUCGAAGU